CAGCCCUAAGUGAUAUUCAGUAUUCACCACAAUAAAUAUUUCAUCGUCGCAAGUCCGGUGUGCCCCUUGCAUGUCUUCCUCUCUCUACUGUACCGCUCCGUCCUUCGUCCACCUAAUGCUGUUGAACGCCGUCUUUCGCCCUCUUUUCUGAGCCCGUUAUCCCCAACCUCCAUCUCUGUUGGCGUCAUGAAAAAGAGGUAGUGCAUGCUUGGCCGCUCUCCUCCAAAUAAACUAAUCAGUAUGAUUCUAUAAACCUAGCACCUACCUUCAAUCUUAAUGAAUGGUUCAGAUAGGCGCAAUUUUACGAAUAAGUAAUCAAAGGUUUUUCCAACACUACGAGCAACUUGCUGUAAACAUUGCCCUAAGCUAUCUGAAAAGUUCCAUGUGCCUCUUUUCAACUAGUUCUGGGAGAUUCACAGAGCAUGCGGAGGUACCAGGAAGGCGCCAAAGAUCAGAGAGAAAGCCAUUGGUGACUAGCAUCAAUGAGCUCAAACGUAGUGCGAGAUUGGACAGGAAAAAGAGGCAGGAUGUUCGUGAGAUCUUGCUCAGGCCGCCUGAAAACGGGCUGCUUGUAAAGAGAUUGAUUCCUGUUGCCCAUGAGGUAUAUAAUGCAAGGAAAGAGCUCUAUGAUUGUGUCUCUUCUGUUCUGAAGAGCGUACUUGUUCAUGUGUGCAGAUUUUGUGAGGAAGUUUAUGUUGGAGAGUUUCCACAUCAAAUACGCACAUGCGAUGUUGCUGGGAGUCUUCCGACAAAGGAGCAUUGUUGGGUUCCAGGAGGAAUUGAGAAUGUGCUUCCAGUGGUUGACUCCUUCCAUCUGUAUGAUAGAUUGGGUAGAGCAGUUUCUCAUGAGGAAAGGCUUCAAGUCGAUAGAAUUCCUGCCAUUAUUGAAUUGUGCGUGCAGGCAGGUGUGGAUUUAUCUGAAUAUCCUUCAAAGAGGAGACCUUAUCCUGUUUAUAAUAUUGCAGGAAAGCUGAUCGAUUUUGAGCGGAAGUUUCCACGGGACUAUUCGAGUGGAAAAGAUAUUGAGCCGCAUGGGUUUUGGUUGAGGAAGAAGGAUAACAACCAUUGCAAUACUCCAUUUUUUUUGUCUAAUGAAGAUCUUCAAGGUAUUGCAGUGCGAGGGAUGAGUGCAUGGGAGAGAAUGAGGUUAGGUGCCGUACAACUCAUGGAAAAAUACGCUGUUCAAACUUGUGGGUAUUGCCCUGAGGUUCAGGUAGGACCUAAGGGACACCGUGCUAGAAUUUGCCAGGCAUACAAGCAUCAAAUGAGAGAUGGACAACAUGCAUGGCAGAAGGCAGCCAUUGAUGAUUUGGUGCCGCCAGUUUAUGUAUGGCAUGUUCCUGGCCCCUAUAAUGGUGGCAAAUUACUUGUGCACAACCUGAGGAUGUAUUAUGGGAAGCUCCCAGCUGUAGUUGAGCUUUUUGCGCAAGCUGGCGCUUGUGUAGGGGAGUGUGGGCUUCUGAGGGAGGAUGUGGCAGUUCCGGGGUUGGAUGAGGACAAACUGGUUGUAUGA